AUGAACCAGGAAGCUCUAAACGACAACCCUCUACCACCUGGUUGGACUGAACACUGGGACCACAAACGAAACCUCUCAUACUAUGUUAAUCUCCAGACAAGCCCACCAACUGUAACCUUUGUCCGCCCUGGAAGCAUUGCCCACUCACCAACUUUAUCGCCGGCGCAAUCGCGAUCUCUGCCCUCGACAUCGACGUCGCCUGCUUCGAGCUCCAUGUCUGCGGGCCAAGGAAUCAGAUCGAGGGGUUCCAGUGUUGUAGGAUCGCCACCCACCAGCUAUCCCUCGAGUUUAUCAAGUUCGCCCAUCCAGAUUCCUCCCACCAACGAGUCUCCGUUCAGCCAAGCCCUGCAGGCGCAGGGGCAUCCACAGUCACGGACGUACGCACAACUGCUGUACGCGAGCGCAUUUGCAUCUGCGACGCCGAAGCCUCAAUCCGAAAGCCUAUCACCUUCACCUGUUCAAACUGCGCUACAACCAUCGUGGGCGAAUCCCAAUACAACGCGCGGUCCCUCUCCACGUUCAGAUUCGCGGUCCUCUGGGAGGCCAUUACCUCAGGUCCCCAUCCCUCCUACAAGUUCUGUCUCGACCUCUCCGGAAAACCCUUCUGGGUCAGGGCAACCGGAAGUCGGUCUCUUUCCGCAUGGCGGGCCAAAAUUAAUAAGCGCCCAUACUACGACCACUCCAUCCGCCUCGACGGCCGCGUCUCAUACUACAGCACCCCAGACCGUUGAAGACGUAUUACCUCGGGCAAGGAGUGUAUCUAACGCGGACAACCAAUGGCAACUUCCCUUCCUUCCACCAGCAGGGAGAGCUCGAGGAACGCCCAACAGUCAACGAAAGACUCCGCCUUCACCCACUUAUAAUCAAGCAUCUCAAGUUGUCCGUCCGCCCUCACAACAUAAUCAAGCGAACCUCCUGCAUCAGUUGUCGCUUCUUCAAUCGCAACCAGUGUCCCUCUCUCAAACCGCGCUCUCCUACGAUCGUGAUUCUUUCUAUGUCCCGGACCAGGCGUCUUCUCCGACCGCGUCUUCCCCGGAUCCAGAGUCCUCAACAUCCCCCCAUGUCUCAUCAGCGGUGUCCAAUCAAGCGAGUCGUGAAGGCGAGUCCGUGCCGUUACUCCCUCAGACCACACCCGUCGGCCAGAGUGCCCCCUCCGCCUCUCCGUCGAUUUCACCCAAGCCUCCCCGUAAAGUACUCAAGAAAAAGCCUCAAGGUGCACCCUUCGCCCCUCCCCAAAUCUACAACAUUGCGCAGGCUAUAACUGCCUCCCAGCCCCAGCCGCAACCCGAAGACGAAUUCGAUCCCGCCACAUUAUAUGCCGAAUCGUCCAUACAACAAUGGGCGACCCCCGCCCAGAACCUGCAACUAACCCUUGUCCCAACGAAUCAAUCUCCCUCUCUGGAUCAUGGUCCGGAUUUGGCAACUUCACCACCAGCUUUGGACGAGCCUCCUAGCUACGCAGCGAGCGUUUCUCCGGGAGAGUCGUUUCAAUCAUCCAAUUCGGGGUCUCCACUCGUCGUAAUGAACCCCACUCAGGAAUACGACAUUCGACAGCCGUCAGGCCCGUCACCGCGGCCAAUGGACAAAACUCGAGAUACCAUGAAUCAGAAUGCACCCAAGGUCAACACGAAUUUACCCCCAGUUGCCAGAGCGCAGGGUCCGAAUAAGCUCAGGAAGGCGAAUGCGGCGACUGCCAAAAUAUCUGGCGUCGAUUCUGCGAUAGCUGAGCGUCGAGCUGAAGGAUCUGAAACUACCACUCGAGUCAGUGGGGCCGACUCAGUAACCCUGAAAGGAACGGCAGGGACCGCAAAUCCACCUCCCUCGGAAAGGCAGGUUCAGGCACUACUGCAUAAACCCUCCGGUUCCAAUGAGCGGCGGUCAGAACAUCUUCCUGCUCAGCCCCAUCCAUACGCAGACUCGAGUCACCCUUUAUCAUGGGGUAACAGAGGCGGUCCCGCUACCUUACCAAUCCGAUCCCCCAUGUCCCCACCCCCUAGCUACGACUCACAAACCAAUGGGACCACUCAAAUCUAUGUCAACUCCUUGGAGCAAUUCGCCGCCAUGACCCUCAAUACCCGCCCGCCACGGCAAUGA